AUGCACGGCCCAGGAUCGCUCUCUUUCUCCUCUCAGCUCCACUCCACCUCUCUUACUCUCAAAGGUUUGGAGUUAAAAAGACGGCAAGAUUAUUGGUGUAGAGUAAGAAGGGCAGUUGUUAUUAGCAGAGUGAAGAUGGAGGGUGAGAUUGAGAGAGUGAAGUCUUUGAAGCCUUCAAAAACCUUGAGUAUACUUGACCAAGCAAUAGCUCUUCAACAAGCUGGCGCCCCCGUUAUCAGCUUAGCAAUUGGGGAACCUGAUUUUCAUACUCCCCCUGCAAUACUCGAGGCUGGGGUGAAAGCAAUUUGUGAAGGAUACACUAAGUAUACACCAAAUGCAGGUAUCAUGGAGCUUCGCUCAGCUAUCUCUCACAAGCUUAAAGAGGAGAAUGGGCUGUCUUAUAAUCCUGAUCAAAUUUUGGUGAGUAAUGGGGCAAAGCAAUGUAGUCUUCAGGCAAUGCUUGCAGUUUGUUCUCCAGGAGAUGAGGUUCUGAUUCCAUCUCCGUCCUGGGUUAGUUACCCAGAAAUGGCAAGGUUGGCAGAUGCAAAUCCUGUGAUUCUACCCACCAGCAUGUCACAAAAUUACCUUUUGGACCCUGAGCUUCUUGAAUCCAACAUCACUCAGAAGUCGAGACUCUUGACUCUUUGCUCUCCAUGCAACCCAACAGGCUCUAUUUACCCACGGGAAUUGCUUCAACACAUUUCUCAGAUCGUAGCCAGGCAUCCCAGACUUCUGGUGCUUUCUGAUGAAACUUAUGAACACAUUAUAUAUCCCCCGGCUACUCACACAAGCUUUGCAUUGUUGCCUGGAAUGCUGGAAAGGACUCUCACUGUAAAUGGCUUCUCUAAGGCCUUUGCAAUGACUGGUUGGAGGUUAGGGUACCUUGCCGGUCCUAAAGAUAUCAUUGCUUCAUGCAGCAAGAUCCAGAGCCAGUUCACUUCAGGUGCCAGCAGCAUUUCUCAGAAGGCAGGUGUUGCUGCUCUGGGGCUUGGAUAUGCUGGUGGAGAAGCUGUUGCAACAAUGGUAAAAGCAUUCCAAGAGAGGCGUGAUUUUCUAGUCAAAAGCUUUGGGGAAAUGGAAGGACUAAAAUUUUCAGAACCUCAGGGAGCCUUCUACUUGUUUAUUGACGUCAGUGGUUGGUAUGGAGUGGAGGUUGAUGGGUUUGGCAGUGUGAAUAAUUCAGAGUCCAUAUGCCAGUAUUUGCUGGAUAAAGCUCAAGUUGUUGUGAUGCCAGGAGAGGCAUUUGGGGACGACAAAUGUAUCCGGAUCUCCUACGCAUCGUCUUCACUCUCUGUUCUGCAGGCAGCGGUUGAGAGAAUCAGGAAAGCAUUGAUCCCUCUUAGAUCCCAUUAA